CGUUCAGUAACAUUUCGCGCGCAAUUUGACUCGCGGGAAAAGUGACAGUUGUCAUUUUUUUUAAUUAAAAAGUGUUCAACGGUCUGUGACAAAAAUUGAGUUUUCUAAAUGUGAUGCAAUUCAUCGAAAAUGUCAAUUUAUGGUAAACUUGUUCAAAUAAUAUUGAUCAGUGUUUAAUAAUCAAGGUACCAAAAUGGCGGAUGGCUUAGAAUCUGGUGCAGGUCUAGCCUGGAGGCUGUUAGCGACACUAGAAGGUGGUUCUCUUUUUCUGGCAACAUCAGCGCUAAUAGCCUACACUGCGCGAGCGAGGGUAAAAAAACACAAGCGACGACGCAAUGUCAACAGUGUUCUGGUAACAAACACAACAAAUUCUCUAGGCAGAGAAGUGAAACGAAGACUAGAAGCUUGUGGUUGUGUGGUACACACAUACGAGUCGAGUGGCGCGAACAUAUUCGCUAAAGUCGACGCUUUGCUUGUCAUCGGUGCUGAGACACGUCCCGGCUUGGAUGGCAUAGUCGAACUUGUUUCUACUGAUGUUUAUGAUAAUUUGAAGUUAUUGGAAUCCCUGUCACUAAUAGUACAACGUGGGGGCUGCAUUGCCUGGGCAUCAGCUGGUGUAAGAAGUGACACCUUCAGUGAGGCAACACACGCAUUUGACGCGGUCCUUCGUGCUAGUUUAAAAUACGUCUCGAAAAAGGCCCGUUGUGAAGCGAUUUGGAUCGAUCGAGAUGAAUGCGUGGAGCGUGUAGCGGAUAGCGUUAUCGCCACGCUCGUGCCUUGUGACACCAGACAACGCGUACAAACUUAUCCCGUUUACAGGAACAUUGCAGUACAAAUAAGCAAGUUCCUUACAAGAUGGCUGAAGAAAAUCACUUGACUUACCUGAGAUUAAUUUUAUUAUAAUUAUUGUAAAUAAAGUUUUAUAUCAAGUUC